CACUCAUAUAUGGCACUGAUAGGCCAUAUAUGAGCUUCACUGACAGGAGGCACUGAUAGACGGCACUGACAGGUGGCACUGAUGGGUGGCACUGAAAGGCAGCUCAGAUGGGCACUGAUAUGUGGCAUUGAUGUGCACUGGUAGGCACUGAUAUGUGGCAUUGAUGAACACUGGCAGGUGGCACUGAUGAGCACUGACAGCUGGCACUGCUGGGGCUAUACUGAUCAUCAGGGCACACUGAUCAUCAGUGCCCUGAUGAUCACUGUCAGUGUGACAGCUCGUGAGGAGAGAAAUGCUGAUAACUGGCAUUUCCCUAUUUACAUGCGAUCAGCUGUGAUUGGA